UUCAAGAUUAGUGCUCUGAAUCAACACUUACAUCCUUUCCCUGCGCAUUUUGGUCAAUUGAAUGGAACCGAGGUAACAAAGACGCAUCUACUUUUAGAAAAGUUGGGGUGUCAAGUAGUAAUUGCUGGGGUAGCCAUUGAAGACUCAUUUUAUUCCACAUUCAUAGUUCUGCUCUCCACACUUUCAAGUUUCUCUCAAGAAACACUAUCAUCUUCAUUCAUUUCUUCUUCAUUGUUUCUCCAUCUGCUUGAAAUUUCUCAUAAUGGCCGCGGAAGGAAUUCUUGUUAACGGGGUCACUGAAAUCAUUAAGAAGGUACUACCUGUUAUUGCUCAACAGAUUUCUUGGUCAUGGGGUGUCAAAGACGACUUGAGAAAGCUCAAGGAAACCUUAGAGUCAAUUCAAGCUCUAAUGUCUGAUGCCGAGAGGAGGCAGGUGAAUGAUGAGGCUGUGAGACUUUGGUUGAGAAGGCUGAAAGAUGUUGUUUAUGAUGCAGACGACGUUAUGGAUGAGUUCAUUUACGAAACCAUGCGUUCUAAUAAGCACAAGGUACAAGCUCUUGUUUCAUCCUCCAACCCACUUUUUUUUCGUUUCAAGAUGGCCCGUAAUAUUCGAGCGAUCAAUCAGAAGUUGGAUGAAAUUCACAAAAACAGUAAAAGGUUUCGCUUCCAAAAUACCGGAAGUGCACAAGAAAAUCAGAAUAAAGAGCUUAUAAAAAAACGCAACCGGUUAACUACAUCGGAUGUAGAUGAUUCGUUACUUCUAGGCAGGGAAGGUGCAAAAUCAUACAUAAUUAACUUAUUGAUCGAGAAGCCGUCGCCAUCUGUGCCGUCAUCAUCAUGGGAGAUUUCUACCCAACAGCACAACGUAUCCACUUUAUCUAUUGUGGGUAUGGGGGGUCUGGGUAAGACUACAGUAGCUCAAAUGGUCUAUAAAGAUGACUCCAUGGUGAGAAACUUUGAGCCAAGAGCGUGGGUUUGUGUCUCUGAUCCUUUUGACAUCUUUAAGAUUUUAAGAGAUAUCAUCGAGUCCAUCACUGGACGAAAAUGUGAGGAUCCAUCCAAUGUCGACGUAUUGGCAAAACAAGUCAAGGAAAAUUUGCUUGGUAAGAAAUAUUUUCUAGUGCUCGACGACGUGUGGAAUGAGGAUGUCGGAGAUUGGGAUAAACUGAAAAGUUUUCUUGUUUGUGGCGGCUUGGGCAGCAAAAUAUUAGUCACUACACGAAGCCAGAAUGUUGCGUCCGCUGCUGGGGGUACAUAUUACUCUUUGAACAAAUUACCGGAUGAUGUUUGUUGGUCCAUUAUCAAGAAGAAAGUAUUGUCCCAAGGUGGAGCAGUGCUGACAAAGAAAAUGACAGAUAUUGGAACUGAGAUAGCAAGGAAAUGUGAUGGCUUACCCCUUGUGGCGAAUUCACUUGGAAGUUUAUUGCGUUCAAGAAGAGAUGAAAGCUAUUGGCAGUCAAUCGUAGACGACAUCGCUGAUCGUAUGCGAGGUACAACUGAACAUGAAAAAGUCAUUUCAAUAUUAAAACUGAGCUAUGAUAAUUUAUCGCCUCCUCUGAAACAAUGUUUUUCAUACUGCUGUAUUUUCCCGAAAGACUGGGAAAUAGAAAGAGAAAUGUUAAUUCGAUUAUGGAUGGCAGAAGGAUUCCUUUUGUCAUCAAGUGGAGGAGAAAGUAUAUCUCUUGAAGAUAUUGGUAAUGAAUAUUUUGAGUAUUUGGUGUGGAGUUCGUUCUUCCAGGAUGUGCAGAAGCAUCAUCUGUCGGGAGACAUUAAGACAUGUAAGAUGCAUGAUUUGGUGCAUGAUCUUGCAACGAGUGUUGUAGAUCCUAAUGAAUUUAGAAUUGCCAAGGUAAGAGAUGACAAGGAAGAUGUUUCAGAAGUUCGUCGAUUACAACUGCUAAUUGAUGAAGGACAGAGUUUGGCAUCUCCUACAGUAUUAUCAAAUGCUGUGAAACUGCGUACAAUUGUUGCUCUUGAACCAAAGAAUAUUUCGUAUACCAAUUCUUUCUUUCAAUGUAGGCGUUUGCGCAUACUAUGUCCUCUCAGUGGCUGGGAUAGGGGCUGGCGUGAAUGCUCACUCUCUUCUAGGAGCAUGUCUGCUUCAUCGAUUUCUAAGCUGAAGCAUCUGAGGUACCUUGACCUCUCCAACUGCAAGUUAUCUGCUAAGGUAUCUUUAAAGCAUUCUUACAAUCUGCAAAUACUCAUACUUGGUGGAUGCAAAAACGUUCCUAGCUGUCUUCUAAAUAAGAUUGGAUCUUUGAAGAGUUUGAGGCAUCUUGAUAUCUCGAGGUCGGAUAUUAAACAUUUACCCGAAAACAUUGGGUCUUUGAAGAGUUUGAGGCAUCUUGAUAUCUUUUUUUCGGAUAUUAAAUCUAUACCAGAAAAUAUUGGGUCCUUGGAACAUCUAUGUUUCCUUGAUCUUUCAUAUACAAAAAUAUCAAAGUUACCAGAUUCAAUCACUUAUAUCACUAGUUUAAGAACGUUGAAGUUUAAUGAUUGUAGGAACUUGGAUGCCUUACCAAGUGAGCUAGGAGCACUGACACGAUUGAGGUGUCUUGAUUUGGAAUAUACUGGAAUCAAAGAAUUGCCUGAAUCAUGCAUUAGCAACCUCUGCAAUUUGGAGAUUGUGAAAUUAGGAGAGUACUGUAAGCUUCCAAAGGAAAUUAAGAAUUGGCCGAAAUUAAGAAUUUUUACUCAUGAGAGAUUUGAUGAUGUAAUGCCUAGAGGUAUAGAAAGGCUCACUUGCCUUGAAACAUUGAAUUACAAUGCUAGAAAUGAAAAUGAGAUCUGUGAAAGUCCCAGUAAUAAGAGUUACGGUGGCAUUGAAGAGUUAGCAGGCUUAAACUCCCUUCGGGUGUUAGAGAUCAGAAAACUUGAAAAUGUGAGAGGUGGAAUAGAAGAUGGAGAAACAGCAAAGUUAAAGGACAAGCAACAUCUUCGAGAAUUACAUCUGGAAUGGGGUUCCACAGGUGGUGAUGAUGACCAAGUACGGAGUAGUAGAAGUGUAAAAGAUACUGCGGUGUUGGAGGGUCUCCAGCCUCACUCAAAUUUGAAGCAUUUGCAUAUAUAUAGAUUCUCGGGUUUAAACCUUCCAAAGUGGAUGAUGGGUUGUUCAUUAUCUAACUUCCUUCCGAAUUUGGUGCUUAUAGAUUUCACAGAUUUCAAUAAUUGUGAGCAGCUUCCAGCUCUGGGCAUGCUCCAAUUUCUUAGGGAUCUUCGGAUCGCCAGAAUGAAAUCAAUCAAUCGUCUGGGCGAAGAAUUCUAUUAUCAACAAGAAAACAGAGAAGAAGAAGAAGAAGAAAGCAGUAGUAGUGAUACUGCAAAGAGAUCCUCAUUAUUCCCUUCGCUAGUUGAAUUGCAUAUUUGUGAAUUGGAAAACUUAGAAGAAUGGGUUGCUCCUCCUCUUUCUUCUUCUUCUUGUUUUCCUUCUCUUGAGACGAUGGAAAUCACAAACUGUAAACGAUUGAAAACCAUACCAAUAAUUUCGUUUUCUUCUCUGAAGACAUUGAAUUUAACGGGUACCAAUGAUAAUGCAGUAAACUCAUUAUUCUAUAGAGGGGGAGGAGAAGGAUGUCUGCCCUCUCUCACAUCCAUUGAAAUAAGGUAUUCUCCAGAUCUAAUAUAUUUACCACCAUUGGGCGCACUACUCCAACGCAGUACUUCGAAUUUUUGGUCCCUUCAAAUUGGGAAUUGCUCAAAUUUUCAAGGUUUUCGUGAUGAUGGUGAUAAUCGAAACAACAACGACAACACUUCUUUUCAGUCGCUGAGGAUAUCUGAUUGCCCUGUCUUGGCGUCUCUACCAGAUUUACGAUUAUGUACUUCUCUUUGGUCCCUUCAAAUUGUGAAUUGCUCAAAUUUUCAAGGUUUUCGUGAUGAUGGUGAUAAUCGAAACAACAGCAACAAUUCUAUUCGUUCACUGUGGCUAGAAGAUUGUCCUGUUUUAACAUCUCUACCAGAUUUGCAAUUAUGUACUUCUAUUCGUUCACUGUGGCUAGAAAAGUGUCCUGUUUUAACAUCUCUACCGGAUUUACGAUUAUGUACUUCUCUCCGGGAAUUAACAAUCUGGAAAUGCGACAAACUGAAGAAUAAGGAGUCAAUACCCUAUGAUCUUAAGAAGUACCUCACGUUUCUUGAUGUACUCCAAGUUGAUUUCAUCCAAAGAGACGAGGGUGUUCCGGAUGUCUCUUUUCCAUUUGAGUUAACUAAUUUGAUGGAGAAGAAGAAGAAGUAGAUUUGGUCGAUAGGAAGUCAUCUCUUCUUCUAGAAUUACCAACAGGUUUCAGGAAAUUGUACCACUGAAUGCAGGGAAUGUAUUAGGUGCAGAGGACGAUGCUCCCGCCUUAAAGUGGCUUUCACUUAUACGCCAAGCUCUGAAUAAUACUGAUAAGAAUACUGAAUUAGCCCAAAACCCUCCAAGGCGCAAAGAACAUAAGAAUUUCAAAACCAGAAUUAGCUUCUCUGAUCUGAUAUCAUUAGAGGAUGAACUGGAUAAAGAGGAUUUAGAAAGACAUUCAACUUCGAGUCCAAACUCAGACAUUGAGGAUGAACCCUCUAAUUUUUCAAUGAGGCGUAAAUCUCCAAAGAAUACUAGUAGUCGUUACAGCUUAGCUGCAAGUAAGCAAAUGGUUGGCAUCUUCUUGUGUGUGUGGUUACUAGUCAUGUUGUUGUAUGGUCAAAUAGAAGAGUGAUGGAAGUAAAAGAGGAUUGUGCUGACUGCAACUGCAAGUUGCUAGUAUCGGGUCGGCAUUCUGCUUCAGUGAAUUUCUGAGACUUACAUCUAACCAAGUAGUGGUAAGAAAUCUCAAACACUCAGAAUCUUAAUUUGUGGAAUGUGCUCUUAAUUUGUGGAAUGUGCUCUUAAUGUGCUCUUAGUUAUAGUGCUUGCGGACUUGGAUCUGAUGGAACAGAUAGGCUAGUAAAAUUGGUGCAGGAAAUGCAACACUCUAAGGUGUCUAAAUCUGAAAAUGGAACUCUGUUUGGAGCAAAGAUUACUGGUGGAGGCUCCGGUGGCUCUGUUUGCAUACUAGGAAGGAAUUCUGUCUACGAAGCAGCGAACAGAUUUUAGAGGUAAAACCUCAGUUGAGGAAAAAUAAAAUAAAGAUUAGGAUAAGUUUAUCGUGCUUAAGUUAAGACAUGGGCUACAAAUAAGUUAUAAGUUGUAACCCUUCAUUUGUUGUAAUAGAACACAAAGAAUAAGGCCAGGGUGUAGUAAAUUUUUAUUUUUUACCAACAAAUAUUAAAAAUAAUUUUAACA